UCGAAAGAAGGGAGAUCCGAAGCAGAGAAGCGGCUGGGGAGCUGAUCGCGCUCGCCUCGGGCAACGGCCCCGGAGUUAGAGCGCUCGGUGUCGUGCGCUGCUCCCUGUGGUGGGUGGUCGAUGCCGGUGGCGGCCGCGGCGCUGGUCUUGGGGGGCGAUGCUGCCGAGGCGCAGCUCGCUGACGGGGCUGGCGGUGGGGCUCUUUGCCGUCUACGUGGCACACACCUGCUGGGUGAUGUACGGCAUCGUCCAUACCCGGCCCUGCCUCGCUGCCAUCCACGAAGGCGAAAGCAACGACGGCUGCAUCCGGCCUUACCUGGCGCGGCGGCCCAAGCUCCAGCUAAGCGUUUAUACGACUACACGCUCAAACAUAGGCACUGAAAAUAACAUCGACCUGGUUUUGAACGUGGACAAUUUUGAUGUUGAAACUAAAUUUGAAAGAACAGUUAACGUUUCUGUACCAAAGAAAACAAGAAAUAAUGGGACAUUAUAUGCCUACAUAUUUCUUCAUCAUGCUGGAAUUCUGCCUUGGCAUGAUGGCAAGCAAGUGCAUAUAGUAAGCCCUCUCACUACGUACAUGGUACCUAAACCAGAGGAAAUCAAUCUUCUUACAGGAGAACCUAUCACCCAGCAAAUUGAAACAGAAAAAAAGCAGAACUAUGCCCUAGAUGAGCCUGUGUCACACUGGAGGUCUAGGUUGACCUUAAACGUUAUGGUGGAAGACUUUGUCUUUGAUGGAUCCUCUCUCCCAGCUGAUGUACACAGAUAUAUGAAAAUGAUACAAUUGGGCAAGACAGUGCAUUAUCUUCCAAUAUUAUUUAUUGAUCAGCUGAGUAACAGAGUAAAAGAUUUAAUGAUUAUAAACCGUUCAACAACAGAACUUCCACUUACAGUGUCAUAUGAUAAAAUAUCAUUGGGAAAAUUGCGAUUUUGGAUUCAUAUGCAAGACGCUGUUUACUCUCUACAGCAAUUUGGUUUUUCAGAAAAAGAUGCUGAUGAAGUAAAGGGAAUAUUUGUGGAUACAAACCUCUAUUUUCUUGCUUUGACAUUUUUUGUUGCAGCUUUCCAUCUUCUCUUUGAUUUCCUUGCAUUCAAAAAUGACAUCAGCUUCUGGAAGAAAAAGAAGAGUAUGAUUGGCAUGUCUACAAAAGCAGUGCUCUGGAGAUGUUUCAGCACUGUGAUCAUAUUUCUUUUUCUGUUGGAUGAACAAACAAGCUUAUUGGUACUGAUUCCAGCUGGUAUUGGAGCAGUGAUUGAGCUUUGGAAAGUGAAGAAAGCAAUGAAAAUGACAAUUGAAUGGAAUGGUCUGAUACCAGCAAUAAAGUUUGGAGCAUUUACGGAGUCUGAGAAGAAAACUGAGGAAUAUGAUACUCAGGCUAUGAAAUAUUUGUCAUAUUUGCUAUAUCCAUUGUGUAUUGGCGGUGCAAUUUAUUCUUUGUUGAAUAUCAAGUACAAAAGCUGGUAUUCAUGGUUAAUUAAUAGUUUCGUCAAUGGAGUGUAUGCUUUUGGAUUUCUAUUUAUGUUGCCACAACUUUUUGUAAAUUAUAAGAUGAAAUCUGUUGCACAUUUGCCAUGGAAAGCAUUCACAUACAAAGCAUUCAACACAUUCAUUGAUGAUAUUUUUGCAUUUAUUAUUACAAUGCCAACAUCUCAUCGGCUGGCUUGCUUUAGAGAUGAUGUGGUGUUCUUGGUGUACCUUUACCAAAGAUGGCUUUAUCCUGUGGAUAAGAGCAGAGUGAAUGAAUAUGGAGAAUCCUAUGAAGAGAAGCUGAAAAGAAAACCCCACAAAGAAUAAUUCAAGAUAUUGCUAAAAAUUCUUUGGAUUGAUGCUGGCUGCAUAUGCUGUUUGACUUUUAAAAAGAGAUGAAGCAAAAGAGUAUUCUUCAGAACUUGGGACAGAAUGUCAUGGACAUUGUAUCAUCUGCAUUGCCAAAAUAUGUUAUGAUUACCUUUGGAUUUUUAAAAAAAUUAUUAUUUGGGGUUCAACAAGGCUGCCAAUAUUUCUGCCAGGUAGUUAACAUUUUGAAUUGUUUUGACAAUUUCUGCAUAAAUAUUUGUGUCCAUUAUGCUUAAUGUCUUGAACCCUCCAACAGCCGACAUUAAGGAGUAUGCAUUUAAAUUCAGCUGUUCGGCUUAUGAACAAGAGGAACGUACUGUGAAUGAUUAUGAAAAGGUAAUAAACUGACAAGGACCUGCCCUUCACUUUCAAACCUUUCUGUAAAAUGGUUUUGGACCAAUCCUUGGCAUGUUCCAGCCUUUUUAUGAUUUUAGGGAGGGUACAUUCCUCACUCACUCUUUGAAAUCAUAAGGAUUAAAAAUAUUUGGUUGGC